AUGGCACACCAGCGGAGAUUGGCAGACCAAAAGGCGUGGAGCGAAAAGUUCUCGACCACGGCAGGAUUCGAACCUGCAAUCUUCUGCUCCGUAGGCAGACGCGUUAUCCAUUGCGCCACGCGGCCUACUGUGGAUGGAUAUCGUGGCACUCCAACGGUGAUUAGCAGACCAAAAGGCGUGGAGCGAAAAGUUCUCGACCACGGCAGGAUUCGAACCUGCAAUCUUCUGCUCCGUAGGCAGACGCGUUAUCCAUUGCGCCACGCGGCCUACUGUGGAUGGACAUCAUGGCACACCAGCGGAGAUUGGCAGACGAAAAGGCGAGGAGCGAAAAGUUCUCGACCACGGCAGGAUUCGAACCUGCAAUCUUCUGCUCCGUAG